GGAACAACCGCUUCGCAGGACACCAGAUUCAGCGACAAAGAGAAAAAGCUUCUCAAACAGAUGAAAUUUGGUGACUCUUUGACUCAAAAGGUCGAUAUGAGUAAGGUAAAACUAGAUGUGAUCAAGCCAUGGAUUACAACGAAGAUUACGCAGAUUCUAGGCAUGGAGGAUGACGUCGUAGUAGAAUUUGUGUAUAAUCAAUUGGAAGAAAAGUAUAAGUAGAGACCGUUGGUGGGGCUCAACCCUUUAGUCCAAAUGGCAUUCGGAUGUGCUCUUCCCUACAUCCGUAUGGCCGCCUUUCUAUCAACCGUCAACCAUAGCAUCAACCAGUUGGCAGCUGCUAUAUCAACAUCAACUUAGAACAACUGCUGAAUCUUCAGCAUCUUGGCUGUACCGGUAUCAUCAUUACAACAUCAUCGAGGGAAACGACUUCACAUCAAUACUAUCACCACAUCAUGCUGAUUAUGCUGCGGAUCCUGUUUAAUUCAACCUUCUUGGAGCCCUUCAUCCAUGGUAUUUCAUCACUUGGCUUUAUAGCCGAUGAAAUACGUGACUGCAGCCACGAGUAUUGCCUUCAUCAUAGCUGCCACUUCAAUAAAGGUCGUCGGAUAUCGAGCUACCACUGCAAAAGCUGUACCCAGCUUUUGUCUGGGAUUUGAGCAUCGGCAGCAUUCCAGAGGCUUUCUUCUAUGGGAACAUCACUUAAUCACCUUCCAAUCACCUGCAGACCUGCCAUCUCCCUGUCAUCUGUAGACACCUAUCAACAUUGGGAGCUACACACAGCUGCAGUACACAAUCAACCUUGCGCAUCCUGAAAAUCACCUUCCUGUGCCAUUAUCCAUGUUGCAUAAACAUGGAUUUUAAUUGGAGCUGGUUCUACCUGGUGCUUGCAGAUAAGCAUCGAUCAUCAUCUGGAAUUAGCAGCGAAUAGAAAAAUCUUUCCAGUCAACGCUGGAAGUAUCUCUUCAAUGGUUUGACAGUCUUUGUCAAUGGAACAGGUUGGUGAAAUGUUUCCUGAUCCCCGAAAAAUGCAGAUCAACCUCACGGGAUUCCUUAAUGGAAGGAAUGCUCGAUCUUUCAUGGGUGAAUUGUGGGACCUUUUGGUCUCUGCUCAAGAAAGUGUUACGGGCAUUCCAGAGGCUUUCUUACAGCAGAAAAAAGAUCAGAUUAAAAAACGCUUGGAAGAACAAGAAAAACUGCAAGCAUCUUUAGCCGAAAAAGAAAAAGAGAAGGAACGUGAAAAAGAAAAGGAUGAGACGGACAAGAUAAAGAAAGAAGAGAAGGAACGUGCUUCGUCAAAAGAGCACAGAAGAGAUAGGAGUAGAGAUCGUGAUAGGGACAGAAAUAAAAGGAGUAGAUCAAGAGAUCGACAUAGAGAUCGUGAUAGAUCAAGCCGUAAAAGGAGGUCUUCUUCAAGAUCACCUAGCAAGAACUCUCUUAAAGAUAACGGGAAAGAUAUGUCAGAUAUUAAAGUUGAACGUGAAGAUUCACCACAACCUGAAAAUGCAAUACCAUUAAUGCCAGUCAAAACUAAGCCGGAAGCCGCAGUCGCAAUAUCCAGAUUACAAGCAAAGUUAAUGAGCAUCGCUGAUGGUAAAAAGAAAAACAAUCGUACACCAUCACCCGAGUCAUUGGAAAAAACAACAAAAAAAUCUAGAUCAAGAUCCAAAUCUCCAGCAACAACAACGCGUUCCAAGAAAUCUAGAUCAAAGUCACCUAGCAGAGAUUCAAAAUCACGUAGAUCACGAUCGCCUGGAUCGAAAUUAAGACGAUCUCGAUCUAAGUCUAGAUCCCGAAGAUCUCGAUCGCGAUCACGAUCUAAGUCAAGAAGAUCUAAGUCACGUUCGCAAGAUCGUUUGAAAUCAAGAAGAUCAAAAUCCAAAAAUUCAAGAUCACGUAGUAGAUCACAUUCUAGAUCGAAAAAAUCUCGAUCAAAAAGUGACGAUCGAAGUAAAUCUAGAAAGUCGCGAUCCGCCUCGAGCGAUUCGAGAUCAACGAAAUCUCGUUCGAAAUCAUCUGACAAACGAAAGGACAAUAUUGAUUCUAAUCGAAAACGAGAUAAUAGUACUAGCAGUAGUUCUGGAACCGAAGGAGACAAAGGUGCAAAGGAUAAAAAUGAUUUUGAAAUAAGGAAAAAGAAAGAUGGCGUUCAGGCUAAACGAUCUUACAGAAAAACUAAUAAAGAUGACAGCGGUAGCGACAGUGAUUCAAGUCGUGAAAGAAAAUCAGCACCCAAAAGAAGAAGUCCAUCACCACGUAAGGAGAGAGGCCGUUCUAAGGAAAGAGAUAGAUCCCGCGAUAGAUCUCGAGAUAGAUCGCGAGAUAGAUCACGUGAUAGAUCACGUGAUAGAACAAGAAGGAGAUCGUUGGAUAGAGAACGUGAUCGACGAAGGGAACGAGAACGAGAAAGAGAGAGAGAAAGAUUGGACAGAUAUAGCGGAAGUCGUAACAUGCGACCACCGUCAGUACGCAGAGCACCUAGUAGGCGAAGAAGUCCACCACGUAGAAGUCCAGCAAGAUAUCGUCGAAGAUCACCCAGUCCUGGAGAUAGGCGAAGAAGAAGAUCUUUGGAUCGUAGGAGGAGAUCAUCGGAGAGACGCGACAGACGACGAUCACCCGAUCGUCGAGACAGUAGACGUCGUUCACCAGAUGGAAGAGAUAGAUCGCACAGGUAUGAUAGAUCGUCGUCUCGUGACAGAUCGAGUAGACGAGAACGGUCCAGAGAUAGAAGGGAUAAGGAUCGUAGAUCGAGAUCUAGAGAUCAACGAUCAUCGGUGGAUCGUAUAAGAGAGGGAAAAAGAUCUCCCGAUCGUUCUAAGGACGUCAAGGAUAAAACGAGAGACAAGAAGGUCGAUGAAAAAGUUAAAAGAUCGACCGACACGGGAUCGCGAAAAGAAUUACGAAACGGAAGGUCUAAGUCGAGUAGCUCGGAAAGUAGCGAAAGUAGUACCUCUAGCAAUGAGGAUGAAUCAGUUAGAAAAUCGGUCGAAAGAAAAUCUCAAGAGAAGCACGAUCGAGAACAGUUGGACGAGAAUAAGAGGAAAGAGAAAGAGAAGAUUCUUAAAGAAGAAACUAUGAAACGGACUGAAAAGGAUGUGAAAAAGACCGAAUCAAUCUCCGUCAAAAAGGCUGAACCAAGCGUUUCACCAAAGAAACAACAGUUAACUGUACUUCCUGUCAGCAGACAUAGGUUCUCCAAGAGUUUAUCCCGUACACCUUCACCAUUUAAGAAGACAGAAGACAUCAUUGCAGCUACUAAGUUAAAACAACCGUCAAAGGAAGAUUCUAAGGAAGAAUCACCAAAAAUAGGCGAACCAAGUGCUACAUCUGGCGACGCUUUUCUUUUGAAAAAAGAUGACAGAUCAACCAAAUCAAGUAAACCUGCAUCGGAAGAGAAAAGAACUGGUCAAAAAUCUAUUGAAACAGUAGCACCUAAAAAGCCAGUUGAUUCUAUAAAACGAGUUAAAAGAGAUAAACGGGAUGGAUCUACAGAUUCUGAUGAUAGUGAUACUGAAGGGAAAAAGAAGGUAAAGAAAGUAGAUAGAUCUAGGAAAUCUAGAAAAGUUUCUUCCGACGAAGACAAGUCUGAUAAAAGCAAAGCCGGUUCUAGUUCAGAAUCUGAAGAUGAUAGAAAACAUUUGGACAAAAGUAAAAAAAGGGAUUUAAGUCGAGGAGAUUCAAUAGAUGAUCGAAGUAAGGAUAGAAAGGACAAUAGAAAACGUGAAGUAAUUGAAAGUGAAUCUCGAAAGCGUAAUACGAAAAAAGAAAUAGAAGAAGAUAUAAAAAAGGUUAAGAGAUCUAGAAAAGAUUCUUCAUCUGCAGAAGAGGAUUCCAAAACAAAAAGAAAUAAAAACGAUGACGAUAAAUCUAGAUCAAGAAAGUCUAAGAAGGAUUCAAGUUCUGACGACGAACCGAAAAAGUCAAGGAAAAGAAGAGAUAGUUCUUCCGAAGAUGAAAAAUCUAGAACACGGAAAACAAGAAAAGAUUCAACUAGCGACGACGAAACUAAAACAAAAUCGAAGAAAUCUAAACGAGAUUCUAGUACCGAUGACGAAGAUAUUGUGGAAAAAGAUAUUAAGAAGAAACGAAAAGUUGAUGAUAGCUCUGACGAGGAGAAAGUUAAAAAGAAACGUAAAAAGAAGACAAAAACUAGUACAAGCGAAUCAGAGGAAAGUGAAGUAGAAGAAAAGAAAAAGAAGAAGGAUAAAAAGCAUAAGAAGCAUAAGAAACACAAAAAACAUAGAAAACACAAAAAGAAGAAGAUCGCAGAUUCGGACGAAUCCGAUAUAAGUGAAGGGAAUACAGAAGAACUAGAAAAAAAACUACGGGAGAAAGCAUUAAAAUCAAUGAAAAAAGGACAUAGUAUUGAAAGAAGUGAUUGAGAUUAUAUGUGUCGUAUCCAAGAUCGUGUUACCUAACAUGUAUUCAUACCACAAUGUACUGAUCAAAUUGAUGAAUUAUCUUGUGAAUUAUCUUGUUUAUUACUGAAAAGAAAGCGAGGUUAAAUUUGAACAUUGACCACAAUGAAAUUUGUUCAUUAUGAAACCAGCUUCUAAUCCUUGCACUGACAUGUCAUUUAACAAGUAAUUUAUUUGUAUAAUUCUUAUAUACCUUUGAGAGUGAAUAUUUUAAUUUUUAUUUUCAUUAUUAAUAUAAUCAAAGGAUAAUACUACAAAUAAUUUCAUAAGUUGAUACAACAAAGCAUGAAUACAUCAGUACGUUAUUACAUUUAA